UUUCAAUUCCCUGUAUUUCAUUUUUCCAGUUUUUUAAUACUUUACUUUUUUUUUCUUCCCCUUACCUAUUCACAAAACAUGUCAUCCCAGUCGUUCAUUAUCGCAGCCAAGCGCACUCCCUUCGGUGCCUUUGGUGGCAAGCUCAAGGACCUGACUGCCAAUGAGCUCGGUGGCUUUGCAGCCAAGGCAGCAAUUGCCAGCCUGCCCGCCAACGUGCAAACACACCUGGCCAACAGCACAAGCCCGCGGCAGUCAGUGAUCUUUGGAAAUGUCCUGCAGUCUUCGACCGACGCGCCCUACCUGGCGCGCCACGUCGGCCAUCGUGCGGGACUUCCUGUCACCACCCCAGCAAACACAGUCAACCGCCUGUGCACGUCCGGAUUCCAGUCCAUCAUCUGUGCUGUCCAGGAGAUCAAGGUCGACGACUCUGAUAUUGUCAUCACCGGUGGAGCCGAGAGCAUGAGCCAGGCGCCCUAUAUUUUGCGCAAUGUCCGCUGGGGAACCAAGUUUGGCCCCGAGUACCUCAAGAUGGAGGACUCGUUGAUGUCCGCCCUCUCCGACCGCUACCCCGAGACCAUCCCCAUGGCCAUUACUGCCGAGCGCCUGGCUGAAAAAUACAACGUGACUCGCGACGAGUGCGACCAGUUUGCGCUUGAAUCCCAGCGCCGCUGGGCCAAGGCGAACGAGAGCGGUGUGUUUGGAAGCGAGAUCGCACCCAUCGAUAUCAAGGUUAAGCGCGCCACCGAGUCCAUGACCGCCGACGAGCACCCCCGCCCUAAGGCUACCAUCGAGGCACUGGCCCGCCUGUCGCCCGUGUUCAAGAAGGACGGCGUGGUCACAGCCGGCAAUGCCUCGGGAAUCAGUGACGGCGCCUCUGCGGUGAUUGUUGCCAGUGAGGCUGCAAUCAAGGAGCACAACAUCCAGCCGCUGGCCCGCAUUGUCUCGUACCAUAUCGUUGGUGUCGAGCCCGGAAUCAUGGGCAUUGGCCCCGUCGAGGCCAUCCGGGGUGCCGUCGAGAAGGCCGGCCUCUCACUCGCCCAGAUGGACCUCAUCGAGAUCAACGAGGCGUUUGCCGCUCAGGUCCUGUCCUGCGCCAAGGCCCUUGAUAUUGACCCCAGCAAGGUCAAUGCUUCGGGCGGCGCGAUCGCUCUGGGCCAUCCCCUGGGUGCGUCGGGUUCCCGCAUCAUGGGCCAUCUCGCUCACCGUCUGAAGGAGACCGGCGGCCGGUACGCCGUCGGUUCUGCCUGCGCCGGUGGAGGCCAGGGCGUUGCCAUUGUUAUCGAGGCCGUCUAAGUGCGCUUCCAAAACUGAUGCUACUAAUCAACCAGUCAAACAAUUUAAAUUAAAUUUGUUCGUUUUUUUUUGCCUGACAGAAAAAUAUUUACUGUUAACAUGGCCUGACAUGACCCGAUGUAAUAUGGCCCAAUCUAAACUACACACAUGCCCACGCCACUGGCGACUUUGUGUCCAAG